AACAACUCCAGCGCGAGUCUGUGGAUCUGCUUGAAGCCGUAUGAGGCAUUUCGUGCAAACUGUACAGUUUUCAACAAUAACUACUACACAGUUAAUAGCCAGUAUAUUGGUUUACCUGCAAAGUGCUUAGCCGACUCAGCAGCUUGAAACGUGUUUGUGGGUCCUAUGUGUAGAGAGGGAUGCCUCCUGAAGCUGUGCGCCUGGGUCGGAAACGCACCUUGCCCUCCUGCCCAAAUCCCCUGUUCCUUCAGUGGUUGACAGAGCUUCGUGACCAGGCGGUGGAGAAAGGCAAAAACAGUCAUUUCGUGUAUCAGAAGGCUAUACAUUCCUUGAAGAAGUAUCCCCUCCCACUGAUGAGUGGAAAAGAAGCAAAUAUACUGCAAAAUUUUGGGCCUGGGAUUUGCAAGAUUUUGGAUAAACGGUUAGAGCAAUAUUAUCAAGAUAAUGGUCCAGAUGCACCCAUACACUCCCUGCCCAGUGGAGUAAAACACUAUGUUCCAGACAGCAACAACUUGGAGUCCUCAAAAGCCUCCACAAGCGCAAAAGAACUUUCUGGAAGUAGUGGUGGGCAGAAUAAGAGUCGACCAAAGAAAGCAGCAGAACCCAAGAAGGCCAGGGGUGGGCCUAAGAAAAGAAACUACGUUCCUCAGAAGGGAUCUGGGGGCUAUGCAGUGCUGCUAACACUGUACAGGCAUUCCCAGGUGCCAGGCAAUAAUGGCUUCAUGUUCAAGAAUGAGCUGAUGGUCGAUGCUCAGCCUCUAUGCCUCAAAUCAUUCACAGUGCCUGACCUAGGCUCCAAAUACACAGCCUGGUCGUCAGUGUCCACACUCACCAAGAGGGAGCUGGUGCUGAAGACUCACAGUCCAGCCAGGUACUGUCUGACGGAGCUUGGCCAGACCGUUGCCGAGCAACUGGAGUCAGAGGAGCGAGAAGAGGUGAAUGAGGAGGAGGAGGAGGAGGAGGAGGAGGAGAACGAAGCUGGAAAAGCAGUGAAUCAUCCAGAGAUGGUCGACUUGACCCAGGAUGAUCGUGACAAUGCCAGUGAUCAUGAUGAUGAUGCUAAUGAUGAAAGACAGAAGGCAGCGGGUUUUGUAGACCUGACCCAGGAUGAUAAUGACGAUGACAGUGAUUAUGAGGAUGAUGAGGAUAAAGAUGGCAAUGACAAGGACCAGGAAGGGGGCAGCAGUGCCUUGGCAACAAGACCCCCACCUGUGAUAUGUGUGAAUGAGGAAGUGGAUGAUUGGAAUGAGCUCCAGGCUUCAGAACAGGAAGCCGCGGCGAGUGGGAUUCUCCUGCCAGGCUGCUACGACAUCGUCCUCUGCGUCGACUUCAUUGAGACAACAGGGGGCAACACUGUGAGAAAACAGGAGCUUGUCACAGAACUCCAGAAGAAUAGAGUGACGUUUGACAUCAGGAAGCUGAAUGUUGGGGACUUUCUCUGGAUUGCUCGUGAGCGAACAGUGGAUUCUGAUGCAGGACAAGCACGACCGCCAGCUGUCAGAGAACUGGUUCUGGAUUACAUUGUGGAGAGGAAACGGAUGGAUGACCUCUGUGGAAGUAUUAUAGAUGGACGCUUUCGUGAGCAAAAGUUUCGUCUCAAGAGGUGUGGUCUGCACAAGCCAAUCUACCUGGUGGAGGAACACGGAUCUGCUGCCGCCCACCUGAGUUUACCAGAGAGCACCUUGCAGCAGGCCAUCGUUAAUACUCAGGUGGUGGAUGGCUUCUUUGUAAAGAGGGUGCAGGAUGUGAAGGAAUCUGCUGCGUACCUCACCAUGAUGACCAGGUACCUACAGAAGCUCUACCAGAACCGAACACUACACUGUCGUUCCAGAGAGCUGGAGGGGGACGGCCCCAAGGGGGACAAUGUCUCCUGCUCUCUGAUCUCCUUCACCGAGUUCAACCAUGGUGCUGUCAAAAGCAAGUCUCAGACGGUGAGAGAGGUGUUUGCCCGCCAACUCAUGCAGAUAAGUGGUCUCUCUGGGGACAAAGCAGCUGCCAUUUUGGAGCACUACAGCUGUGUGAACAGCCUGAUGGAAGCCUAUGCCAGAUGUAGCAGUGAAGCUGAGAAGGACAAACUUCUCUCGUCAAUCAGAUACGGAAAACUUAAAAGGAACCUGGGGCCAUCGCUGAGCCAUUCUGUUUACCAACUCUACUGUACCAAAGGUCCACUCUCUUAGUUGACAAGUGUUAUUUUCUUGUUAAAUGUCGUGAUGCUGUAUACAACUGUUCUGUUUGUUGAUGUUCUGUUCUCUCAUGUUGAGAGUUUUGUUAUGAGAAUUUAACUUUAAUAAAUCUAUAUGAAGCUCGG